GCAAAAUUCACUCUUCACGAUAUGGACUACGCCCUGCAAUUUUGUACACACAUCGUGUACGGUUAUGCCGGCAUAGAUCCUGAAACAUUUGAACUAAUCAGUUUGAAUGUGCAACGUGAUGUCAAGCGGAGGCAUUUCAAUGCUGUUACAGAACUAAAAGAUCGUUACCCUCUAACAAAAUUCCUGCUAAGCGUGGGCGGUGAUGCCGAUUUGCAGCAACCAGAAAAAUAUAUAAAACUAUUAGAGUCGGGACGAGCAAAUCAAACAAAAUUCAUUGAAUCAGCACGUGAUGUAUUGAGGGCGUAUAAUUUCGAUGGUCUCGAUUUGGCAUUCCAAUUUCCACGCAAUAAACCCCUCAAGGUUCAUUCGGAAAUUGGCCAAGUGUGGAAGUCAUUUAAGAAAAUGUUUACCGGCGAUCACAUUGUCGAUGAGAAAUCCGAUGAACAUAAGGAACAAUUUACAGAAUUGGUAAAGGAUUUAAAGACCGCAUUUAGGCCAUAUGAUUUGAUGUUGACACUGACCGUGUUGCCGAAUGUUAAUUCGUCAUGGUACUUUAAUGCUCCUGCCAUUAUUAACAACUUGAAUUACGUCAAUUUGGCUGCCUUCGAUUUCACCACCCCUGAACGUAAUCCCAAGGAGGCUGACUAUACAGCACCCUUGUUCCCACCACCUGCUGAGGGAAAUCGCCAGGGCCAUUACAAUAUCGAUUAUCAAAUUGACCACUGGGUCUCACAGCGGGUACCGCAUAGUAAAAUUAAUGUCGGCAUUGCCGCUUAUGGUAGAGCUUGGAAAAUGACUGCCGAAUCGAAGGCAGAUGGUCUACCCAUAGUACCGAAUACUGAUGGUCCAGCGAAGGCCGGUGUGGAAACUAAAAUUCCUGGUAUUUUAAAAUAUUCAGAAAUCUGUCAGCUGACAAGUCCAUGGAAGGUUGAUCGCAAAGACGAUGAAGCUCCUUUGAAGAGGGUGAUUGAUCGGACACGAAAAUACAAUGUCUAUGCUUAUCGUUCCGCGGAUAGUCAUGGUGAAAAUGGUUUAUGGGUCAGUUUUGACGACUUGGAGUCGGCUGGCACUAAAGCGACCUAUGUGAAAAAUCGUGGUCUUGGCGGUGUGGCGUUAUUUGACUUAAGCUUGGAUGAUUUCCGUGGCACCUGCGAUGGAGAUAAGUUUCCCUUGCUUAGAACCAUUAAAAUAAAGUUAUUGUAA